AUCAUAUGCUCAUAUAAUUUUUCAUUUUUAUUAAGGAAGCCAAAGUCACGUGACCGUUUUUCAUAGACUAAUAACCCCAUUAUAAAAUUGUUGGUUACGUCGUCAAUAAAUAAAUGAAACUAAUUAAAGUACAGUUCUUUAGUUCUAUAUAGUUCUAUAUAGUUUAUUUGUUAUCUUCAGUAAAUAUUGUUUCAUUAUUAUAAAAAUGCUUACAACUAUUAUCUUAGUGGUAGUUGUACUUUUGUUAGCUCGAAGUCUUUUAUCAGAUGUUAAUUUAAAUCCAUUUGGAGAAAAAGCUAAGGAAGAUGAUACAGUUAUUGAAGGUAAAUUUACUCCAAUUACACUUGAAAAAUAUAAUGGAAAAGAUCAUCCUAAAAUCUUUAUGGCAGUUAAGGGAAAAGUCUUUGAUGUAAGUCAAGGUGCUUCAUUUUAUGGACCAGGAGGUCCUUAUGCUAAUUUUGCUGGUAGAGAUGCAUCUCGUGGUUUAGCUAAAAAUUCAUUUGAACUUGAUUGUUUAACUCCUAUAGAUCAGAAAAUAGAUACUUUACAAGAUUUAUUAGCUGUUGAAAAAGAAUCAUUAGAUAGUUGGGAAGAACAUUUUGAUACAAAGUAUCCUGUAGUGGGUACUUUACAUGAGAAUGAUGCCAUCUAAAACCUAUAGAUUUAUCAUCCUAACAAAAACAAAUUAUUUAUGAUCUACAAUUUCCUCUACAGUAUAUAUCUAUAAAAUUCUUCACUAUAAAUAAGUUCCUUUAAUUAGUUGUUAUAUAGUAAUAAAUAAUUAUAUCCUCUAA